AUGGACAUGUUUCCAUCUCUAUUUGACGAAGUCCCAAAGAAUCGUUCCGAGCUGGUCAAUAACCUGGAGUUACCGGAUAUUACGGUUUCUCCAUACAUGUGGUCACCAGAGGAAUCUGUGAAGAGUAGCACUUCUUCUCUUAAUUCCCUGGACGAAACUGUGUCUUCGGGCUCGAGUCUGGCAUUGUCCAGGGCUAUGACGGAUUCAGAAAUAGAUUAUGGACGACACAGAAGGUUAAGGAACAGAAGAUUGAGUGACCCGUGGUUCGAAUUAAGAACAGCCCUGGAUGCAUUUCCAUCUCGAUAUCUAGAUUCAGUAAACAGCUUUUUAGACAACACAUCUGAGAGUACAGAGUCAAAGUUUGAGAGACGUCGCUUCAACGAAGAACUACGAUUGAAGAUGGAGAGGUUCUUCGACGAAGAAUGUAGAGUUUUCAGUCCAGAUGAUCCAGGUCUUAUUGAACUGGAAGAAGCUUUGAGUAGUUGUGACAUCAGCCCGCCUGAAGAUAAAUUUCGAAGCAACGCAAUACAGACAAAUAAUAAUAUUUUAGAUGGAAAAUCUUUGUUAAUAUCUUGCUUUAAACAAUAG